AUGCCAAUCUCAGCUCUGCCUCAAUCGACUGUCCGCUUUCUUGGCUCCUCGGUCGUCAUCACCAAGCCUUGCGACGUGGUCAAGGAGCUCCUGGACAAUGCCAUCGACGCGGGAGCUAGCUUUGUUGAAAUCGCAAUCUCACCCAAUUAUCUCGAUACGAUACGAGUCCGUGACGAUGGCCAAGGAAUUGAUAUUGAAGAUUUCGAUGCUCUUGGCAAACGUGCUCAUACCAGCAAGUUGAGAGCUUUCAAAGAGCUUGGUUCGAGGGCCAGGGAGACGCUGGGCUUUCGCGGCGAGGCGCUUGCGGCCAUGAAUUCUCUCGGUACCAUCACUGUUACAACCCGAACGGCCGAGGAUGUUGUGGCGACACGUUUGCAGCUCAAGCAAAACGCCGGAGGUGUUGACAACAGACAGCCAGUAUCGGCUCCUGUUGGUACAACCGUUCAGAUCACCAAGCUUUUCGAAACUCUGCCCGCUAGAAAGCAGUAUUCUUUGACGAAUAGCGCCAGAUACAUACAAUCUACAAAAGAUCUCUUGAAAGCUUGCGCCCUAGCUCGACCCGACCUUAGACUAUCAUUCAAGGUUCUUGGAGAAGCUACCCACUGCUGGUCAUACGCCCCAGUUUGUGCCGCAGGAGUCAAGGAGGCAGCUCUACAGAUAUUUGGAACUACUUUGGCCAAUAAUUGCAUCCAUGUGUCUCGCAACUCAGGGUGUGACCAAACGACAGCCCCCCAGCUCGGCCAGCAGCUCCCCGAAGAUUUCAUAUUGGAAGCUCUCAUCCCAAAACCCGUAUUUGAUGCCCAAGCUGUCAAGGGAAAAGGGAUUUAUUUAUCCAUCGACUCAAGGCCCAUCUCAUCUCUGGACCCCAUGGCCAAGAAGAUCAUGGCCAUUUAUAAGCCAUAUCUGAACCGGGCUGCUGGCACUGGAGAGCCUUGUGCUAGCAUACCUAAUCCUUUUGUACAGCUCAAUAUUCGGUGUCCUCCUAACAGCUACGAUGUAAAUCUGACACCGCUUAAGGAUGAAGUUGUAUUCGUGAACGAAGACACCAUCACGGCCUGUUUUGAGGGACUUUGUCAAAAGGUAUACUCCCAAGGACCCAUCAAUCGCCCAGUUUCAACACAAAGGUUCUUGGGGCGUGAGAAGGAGAUAAGGGCAUCAACAGAGGAUAUAAUUGAAAGGCAGGGUAUCCUGUCAUACUGGGAGAUCCACCGUAUGCCAGAUCCUCCGACUCCAGACUCCUGCUCGAAUAUUCAAUCGAUACACAGCGCAGAGCAACUAACCGCGCUCCUACGAACAACAAGAGAUGAACCAGGCAAUCAAGAGAGUGUGCCUACACUAUUGUCCGAACAGUCUUGCACUCAAGGCGCAACUUCGUUGGCAAGAUUGAGGACAUGGAAAACUGUAAACAUGUUCCGAACCAACAGCAACUCUACUGACGAGGACGGCGGGGCGGAUAGAGUUGAGAUACGGGUGCCACAGUCGCUUAUGACAGCCACAAUUCCCUCUAACAAACGGACCAGCGGGAGCUUACGAAUUCCUAACACUUCUGUAUCGGAGAAUAUCGAAAGAUAUCUCCUCUCGAGCAAGAAUGCAACUUUCCAAAUAGCGACGGAUGAGACGGCUACCGAGAGAACCCAACCAGCUUCUGUGACAUCAACAUCGCCUACGAAGUUCCCUGGCCGCAUACCUCUACAACCUUUGACUGAUUCCACGUUAAAUGCGAUGAAUGGCCAAGCAGAGUCGGAAUCUGAUACUUUAAGUGCUGGAUCAGAUAUACCAGAACCAAAUCACCACACGCAGACCAUUGUUGCUACCAAUCAGACGGGUCAAAUAUUUCAACGAACGUCUCUUAAUCCUACUCUGCCGUCCUUCGAGCCUGAGCCCCUGGGAUUUGGCUCCCCGCAUCAGUCGAGAAGUAUGACGGAAUGGCCCACGCCUCCUGCGUCUGGUAAUUUGCGAAACGCGAGACCGUUCAAUUCUCCUUUCAGACCCCCACUCAGGACUUCGCAAAGAGACCUUCCCGCAGGAAAUAUUGCAAAUACACGAUCACGGCUCAGGGCUCCGGAAAGUGGCAGGGUAAUACCUUUUACUUUACCAGGGCAAACCCGCAUCCAACGACCAGCGGUGCUUGGACGGACUACUCAACAAGUGGGAUCGGUAGGUACUCCUAGGUCUAAUGCAGAUAUAGGAAUGAACUAUCCUCAGCUGCACCCCCGAAGGGUACAUGGGUUGAGUCGCCAGAGAGACAUGGAUCAAAAUUUGACACAAGAGAUUGGACUGGCAUCACGGCAGGAAACCCGAGAUGAUGUCUCACAGCCGCAUCUUUUCUUGCAUGAGCCGGACCGGCAUUCCCCCUUUCUGCAGACACCCUUUAUGAGAGCUCUACCCCUCAGUAUCACACCAGCGUCAAAUACAGGCCAAGGUGAUCCAAGUGCGGGUGACGGUGUCUCAAUGGUUCAGACGCCCGAUAUCUCAACGACUGCCUUGGUUCGCUAUGAACCACGGGAUGUCACCCCCCCUGAUAAUGAAAAUGACAACACAGGCGACCCGAGACUUUAUCUUAUCGAGCGGCGACGCUCACAAGCGAGACAUGGCAUUGCGAGGCGAAUCUCAUCUCAACGACUUCCUCUCGAGGUGGUUGCUAGUCACUUGACAAUGCGGAACGCUUCCAUUUCACUCAGGCCGUCGAAGAGAAAAGUCAGGUCAUUGGUGAGACGAGCCCUUUUGCUAGACUAUGGCACCUUGCCAGGUAACCGGGGACACGCAGUAGAGUUCCAAAGCAUGGAAGAGGUUACCGAGCUGGAACAACGUCUCCACAGUGUUGUGGAAUCAUGGAAACAAACACAGAAUCAGCCUGUUGAGGUGGAAUAUAAGCUACGAUCGGCAGCAAAAGGCAAGGGGAUGGGUCGUUGA